AUGUCGACAUCGUCUGAACGUACCGUCUCCGCCGCCGGAACCCCAUCGCCGGCUGUCGAAAACUCACUUUCCGGUGCGCACCAUUACAUAACCAUGAAACUUACGCUGAAAAAUUAUUUGUUUUGGAGGAUGCAACUCCUCUCCUUCCUCCGCGGCCAGGAACUCCUGGGAUUCAUGGACGACAGCUAUCCGUGCCCACCAGCGACGGUCCUUGGUGCACCAUCCACCGGCGCGUCGACCACGACAUUGGCCGAAGUAGUGCCGGUUGCCAAUCCGGCGUAUCAUGCAUGGAUUAAACAGGACCAGACGAUCGUGUCGCUUUUGGUCUCCUCCAUGGCAGACGAGGUACUCCACCUUGCGCUCAGCCAGGAGACAUCUGCUGAGAUAUGGACCUCCAUCACCGGCGGACUUGGAUCUUCCAGUCAAGCCCGUUGCCUCACGCUGCUCAGUCAGUUCCAAAUGCUACGUCAAGGCAAUUCGACGACGGCAGAUUACCUUGGGAGAGCCGGGUCCUUGUCGAAUCACUUAUCAGGCUGGCCGGCCGCUAACCCUAAUGGAGCAGAACUUGCACAUGAGUUCAUCCUAGUGGAUGAUUACCCGUCGCUUGAUGCCGGAGUUUCUCACACUGCCAUGUACACCGGGACUGGCCGUGGUUCGCAUGGCGGUGGGAGGCAGCAGCAGUCCUCGCAACAGUAG